AUGGAGCCUCCGGCCUACGACAACGACGACGACCAGCUGCAGGAGCAGGAUGCCGCCGCCGGGCCGUCGGUGGAGAAGGUGUUCGAGGGGGAGCCGGUGCCGACGCCGUCGGAGAUGUUCACGGCGCGGUCGGUGGCCGUGGGCGUCGUGCUCGGCACCACGCUCAGCGUCGUGGCCAUCAAGCUGAGCCUCACCUCCGGGUACAUGCCGUUCCUCACCAUCCCCGCGGGGCUGCUGGGCUUCUUCCUCUCCCGCAUGUGGACGCGCCUGCUGGACGGCUGCGAGGUGCUGCAGCUCCCCUUCACCCGCCAGGAGAACACCGUGAUCCAGACCUUCGUCGUCGCCUGCUCCAACAUCGCCUACAGCGGUGGCUUCGGGUCCUACCUCCUGGCGAUGAGCAGGAACGUGGCCGAGGACGACGCCGCCUACGGCGGCGCCAAGAACGUCGACGAGCCCCGCAUCGGCCGGCUGGUCGCGUUCCUCUUCCUCACCAGCUUCGUCGGCAUAUUCGCCAUCAUGCCCUUCAGGAACAGCCUCGUCAUCCGGCACCACCUCACGUUCCCGACGGGCACCGCCACGGCGCACCUCAUCAACAGCAUGCACACGCCGCACGGCGCCAAACAAGCAAGCAAGCAGGUCUCGGUCAUGUUCAAAACCUUCGCCGGAACCGUGGGCUGGCAGCUCUGGCAGUGGUUCUUCGCCGGCGGCGAGGGCUGCGGCUUCCAGUCGUUCCCAAUCUUUGGCCUUACAGCAGCUGAACGUGGGUUCUACUUCGACUUCUCGAUGACCAACAUCGGCGUCGGGCUGUUAAGCCCGUGCACGAUCACCAUCUCCAUGCUCGUGGGGUCCGUGAUAUCAUACGGGAUCCUGUUGCCGUACAUCGAGUUCAUGCAGGGCAUCAUCGGGAUAUCCAUGGUCCUCGCCGACGGCGCCUUCCACCUGCUCUGCAUCCUGCUCCGGACGCUCCGCGCGAUGCGCAAGCGGCGGCACUCCCAGCUGGCCACGCAGCCGUUCAUGUGCCUCGGCGUGGACGACCGGCCGCCGGCGCGGAGCUUCGACGACCGGCGGCGGGCGCAGGUGUUCCUCCGCGACCGGGUGUACGACCCGGCAGCCGCCGUCGGCUACGUCACCCUGUCGGUCGUCUCCAUUGCCGUCGUACCCUACCUCUACCCGCAGCUGAGGCCCGCGCACGUGGCCAUCGCCUACCUCGUCGUGCCGCUGUUCACGUUCUGCAACGCGUACGGCGUCGGCGUGACGGACGUGAGCGUGGCGUCCACGUACGGCAGGAUCGCCCUGUUCCUCCUCGGCUCGUGGGUGGGGCUCGAGAACGGUGGCGUGGUCGCCGGGCUCGCCGUGGGCAUCAUCGUCAUGUCCGCCGCCUCCACCGCCAGCGACCUCAUGCAGGUGUUCAGGACGGGCUACCUCACCCUCACCUCGCCGCACGCCGUGCUCAUCAGCCAGGUCGCGGGGACGGCGCUCGGCUGCCUGGUCAACCCGAUCAUCUUCUGGGUGCUGUACGGGGGGUACCACGACUGGGGCGAGAGCCUGCUGCUCUGCAAGAUCGCCUUCGCCGUGGCGCUGGCCAACAGCGUGCUCCGCGAGGUGUCCGCGCGGAGGGGGUGGCGCGUCGGGCGGUACCUCCCGUGCACCAUCGCCGUGGCAGUCGGGUUCUUCCUGCCGCCCAGGAUACCCAUCGGCAUGUUCUUUGGGAGCGUCGUCAUGUACCUGUGGAGGAGGCUCGAUGCCGACGGCGCGCGCGCGCAGUCCAUGGCGGUGGCCGCCGGACUCAUCUGCGGGGACGCUGUCGGCGCGCUGCUGCAGUCCAUGCUCGCGAUGCUCAAGGCGCGCCCGCCGAUCUGCAUCAUGUUCCUGUCCCGAAGCGACAACAAGAACCUGGAUGCUUACCUGGCAGCAUCACCCACGUCGUCGUAG